AUGUUAAAUUCAUUUUCUUUUCUUAAUACUUCAAUUUCACAACCUUCCAAUGAAAUAUAUGUUGAAUUAGAAGAACUGGAUACGGAUAACUUUGGUUUUUUAUCUCUACAACAUAAUGCUUAUAUACAAAUUGAAAAAAAUUUUACAGAUCAAACACCUAGAUAUAAUGCAUCUUUAUUAUGUAUUGGGAAUAAGAAUGGUUAUUAUGCUAUAGGAAUUCCUUCAGGAUUUGCUUUUGGAACAACUGAAUCUUUAAGAGAAAGUUUAAAAGGUAAUAUAGUCAAAAAGAUAGUAGAACACAAUCCAUUAUCAAUAAUACAUUUGCAAAAAAAAAUUAUAAAUGUUUCUUUUUGUGCCGAUGAAAAAUAUUUGAUUGUAGUCACUGAGGAAAAUGAAAUUAUGUUUUACUGUACACAAAAAUUGUUUCAAAAGAAUAAUUCUCUUGAGCCAGAAUUUAUAUUUCAAGUUGAAAAUAUUAAGGAUAUUCUUCCCAAUCCAAUAAAUAGCAAUAUGGUUGCAGUAUUGACUUUUUUUGGCAAUCUUCAUUUAAUUAAUUUCUCUCAAAGAAGUAUUUCAGAACCUUUGGUAAAUAAUAUAACUUCAUUUUCAUGGUCUCAAAAAGGUAAACAAAUAGUCUGUGGAACAUCGGAAGGGAAACUGGUUCAAUAUACUCCAGAUGGAUCAUUAAAGGCAGUUAUUAAUAAGCCGAAAUCAUUGAAUGAUGCAUAUUAUGUAAGUUCUAUUUUAUGGUUAGAAAAUCAUGUUUUUUUUGUUGUUUAUAAUGAUUACAAACCUACAGAAGAUUUGAAACAUGACUAUGUAAUUUUUAUAAUUACUAGAGAGCAUAAUGGAAUUAUCACUUAUGGAAAACUUGUAGAUCCUAGUCCACCUUUUGGUUUAACUAGUAGGAUUGAUCAUCAUUUUAUUAGAUAUCUUAAAAAUUGGGAGCCUAACCUAAAAAGCUUUGUUAUUGUUGCAGCAACAGCGAGUGCAGAUGUUGGUAUAGUCGUUCGCAAUAAGGAUGAUUUAAUAUGGAAGACACUGACUAUAUCUAACGAAACUCGUAGAGUUUCUUUACCAUAUUCUAUUUUAAACGAUUGUGAUACUUCUCCUAUUGGUAUUGCACUUGAUUUCACUUUAUCUCAAAAUAUUGAGAAACCAUUAUUUCCAAGUGAAGAACCAAAGGAAGGACCUCCUCUUCCUAUUCUUUAUAUUCUUAAUAAUGAUUACCUUUUAACUGGAUAUUAUGUUCUUUAUGUAGAUGCAAUAAGAGCAGGUAGAACAUAUGAUUUUAUUUGCCCCAUCAAAGGAAAUACAUCUGACAUAUGUUUUAAUCAAAGUGCUGUUGAAACUGCAAAAGAAUUUGGUUUUGGUUUUAAGCCCAUGCUUGUACCAAGUUUGCCUGUUUUAAACUCAAAACCUGUAUUUGAAAAUACACUAAAUUCACAGACAAUUGGGUCAAUAGCUAAUAAUUCUGUUUCUUUCGGUGUUUCUUUCGGAAAACCAGCUUUUGGAGUACCUGUUUUUGGAAAUCCUCUGUUUGGUUCUUCUGAAAAUACAGGUGUCCAGAAUAUAGCAUUUGGGAAAAAAUUUUUUAAUAAUGUAUCUCAAGCUAUUAAACCAUCGUCUUUUGCAUCUUUUGCAUCUUUGAUUAAAUCUGAUAAUGAAUCCCCUUUUGGAAAAUUAGUCCAGAAUUCAUCAGGGACAUCUGAAAAUAAGAUGGAAUCUAUUUUUAGUAAAUCGACACCUUUAUUUUCAUUUUCAGAUUCAUCAAGGUUUCAAAAUGAAGAUGAUAUUGAAGAUGCAUUAGAGAUGAAAAAUGAAAGUAUUUUAGAGGAUAAAAUAGAUUGUAUUUCGAAUAAAGAGUCUGAAACACAUGAUAAUUCUUAUGGAGAAAUUGAGAAAUGUUUUAAUAAUAAUGAAAAGAAUACUUUUAUGAAUAGUCAGCCUCAGUCACUUGAUGCCUCAAGUCUUUCUUCAAAAAUAUCGUCACCUUUUAUUUCUUUUGGAAAAGAACUUUCUUUUUUUUCAGAUUCUAAAGUUCCUAGUUUGUCAUCUUUAACAGUACAGGAAAAAACUCUUUCCGGUUCUUUUUUUGUUGAUCAAGAGAAUCAGAUAAAAAGAGAAAUUGGAAGUUCAGACGCUCGCGUAUCUUUUUCUAGCAGUUCUGGCGUUUUCCGAUUUAAAAAUAAUGAUAAAAUUGAAACAAAAGAAAAAACAGUUACGGGUCUUUUUUUUAAAGAUAAGAAUGAAAAUAUAAGUGAAUUGCAUGAAAACUAUCAGCUUUCUUCUAGAAGUGCGGAUUUACCUGUUCUUUCGGAUAACAUAUCUCAUAAUGAUGUUAUUAAAGAUGAAAAUUAUGAAAAAAAUGAAUUUAAUCAAAAUAAUAAAAAUGAAAUAUUUGGCCAUGAUUUUGAUUUUCCUAAAGAUAAUAAUAAAAAAAAACAACCUUCGUCAUCAGAUUUUUUUCCUGAACAUCUAUUGUCUUUGAAAGGAAAUGUUUCGAAAGAUAGUUUUAAUGUAUCUUCAAACGAAUCUGCUAUUUAUGAUAUUAAUAAGAAUUUACAAUCUCAGGAUAUUUUCAGAAUUACAGAGAAUUUGCACGAAAAUAAUGAAGAAAAACUUGAUACUGCAUCUCCACCCCUAUCGAGUCGAAAUAGAAGUAUUGAUUUCUCAAAUGAUAAUUUACAUAAAAAUCUUAAAGAUAAUUCAGAACAAACAGCAUAUAAUCAUUCAAAAUCACAAGAUUUCAAUGCAUUACUCAAUACAUCUUCUACACUUCUUUCUAAUGAUUUGAAUGCUUUUGAAUUUAAAAAUGAUGAUGAAAUUUCUUUUGAUCUUUCUCAAAUCAAAACUCCAUCGAAGAAUAUUGUUGAUGAAACUCAUGAUGAUACAGCUAAAAGGUCUCCAUUAUUUAAAAAUCAAUAUAUGAUAAAAUUGAAACCAUUACUUUCUAUGAGUGAAGCAUUGAAAGCUCAAAGUAAAGAAAAGGGCCUUUUUAAGGAAAUUGAUAUAAUAUGUAGACAGAUGGAUAAUGAAUUAAAUAUUAUUCAAGAAAAUCUUGAAAGGCUAAGUCUAUUUAUAGAAGAUCAAAAGGAAAAUAAUAGCGUAGAGAAUGAUUCUGUUUGUAUAUUCAGGAGACAUAUUGAAGAAUGGAAGUUAGAAGAAAUUCCACGAAUGGGAAAAAUGAUAUUUGAUUUAUUAAAUGAUAUUUCAAAUUUUCAAAAAAUAGAAGAUACAAAUCUUGAUAUCAUAAAAUCUCUUAAAAAAACCUUUAUUAAAUUAGAAGCAAAACAUAUAGAAGUAUCUAGAUUUAUCAGAGCAAGAACAGAUCAUGAAUUUACACGGAUGAUUAAGGUUCGGCAAUUAGGAUCAGAACACCUUGAAAAUCAAAUAAAAUUACGAAAAAUAUGUCAAAAUGUUGAGAAUUAUUUAUGGAAAGCAGAAGAGGGUUUCGCAUUAUAUAAAGCAAAACUUGCUGGAAAGACUAAUGGUAAUAUUAAAUUGCCUUCCUUAGAAUCAAUUAAAAAAGUUUUGGGAAAAAUUAAUUCUCUAAUUCAGCAAAGUAUGAAUGAAACAAAUAAUCUAGAAUUUGAAUUCAAAAGGCUGAAAACUGACCUUUUUCUAAAAACAAAAGAUAUAAAAAGUAAAACACGCAAAAAUUUAUCUUUUUCGGAAAAUAUGUUGUCUAUUAUUACUGCAGAUAUGUUACGAAAGGAUAAGUUUCUAAUUAUUUUAAAGGAACUAAUGAGAGAAAGAAACCCAUUACAUACAACUAUUUAUGACUAA